AUGGCUGAACCAAAACCGCCGUCAAGAGAGCGUCAACGUCAAAUGGCCCAAAUUGCAAGGGACAACCGAACGAUUUUCACGCAGAUCAGAGCUUUUUUUCGUGCUCCUGAGACGAUCGACACCUUACUCAUCCUGAACGUGAUAUCGAAGUUCUUCAUGGUGACCGCCGUGGUAUUCAUGUGGGCGCGGACGAGACCGUUGGGGUCGUUUGGGCGAAAUGUUUUAGGUGGGCAUAUCUUCUUCUCUCCUUUUGUUUGCGCUGAUGGGGCAUGGCGGUUCUCUGAAGACAAAAAUCUGAUCAAGUUUGAUUGUGUUUCUGUAUGUCUGUGUCUAACUCGUGCUGGUUCUGUAGCAUUCCUUACCGUGAGCGACAUUGGUAUUACGCAGCUUUUGUGGGAGUUCAAUGAUCUACAAUCUUGGAGACUCGAUCCCCCCCAGAACGAUGUGGCUAUUCAGGCCGAGCCCGAGAACAUCAAGAUGACAAGGGUUGUGGUAGAACGAGAAGAAGCUGCUGCUGCGCUGCCAUCUUUGGAAUUCGUGGGAGUGAGGAGUCUACGAGCUAUUGAGGAGAGAAACCGACUUCCGAGAGUUGCAGUACAAAGUGAUGCUCCUCCUGCGCCGCCUUCAUUCGAAUUUGAGAGGGCAAGACCGCGACCUGUUGGGCAGAGCGCUCUCCAUCCAAAUGUUGGCGAGGAGACUCACGUUAAGAAGAAGACAGGACCAAGGGUUACCUUUAAGCUGCCUGUUGUCAAGCCCGAGACGCCUCCGGGUACCGAGGGGGAAUCGGAUGCUGCUUCUUCGCUGCCCUCUUACGACUCCGAGACAACUCCAUCGCCUCCAGAUUCUGAAGAGUCAUUGCGCGCUCCUUCGCCUCCGGAUUCCGAAGAGUCAGUGCGCACUCUUUCGGUGUCUUCUCUCAGGUCCGACGCGUCUACAGCGAUACCAGAGGUUGCAGAGGAAAGUUAUUCUUCUGAUACUGCUCUCAAGUCCGCUAUAGCUAGGACGAUAUCAAAGGUUGCAGAGAGAAGGAAAUACGUUUCGGAGCCUUCUCUCAGGUCCGACGCAUCUACAGCGGUAUCGGAGGCUGCAGAGGAAAGAGAUUCUGCGUCAGAGCCUCCUCUCAAGUUCGGCACAGCUGCAACGAUAUCAGAGGUUUCAGAAGAAGCUGCUUCUGCUUCUGCUUCUGAGCCCGCUCUCAAAUCUGGUGUAGUUACAACGAUAUCGGAGGUUGCAGAGGUUAAAAAUUCAGCUUCAGAACCUUCUCUCAAGUCGGAGGUCACAGGAGAAAAAUGUUCUGCUUUGGAGCCUGCUCUCAAGUCCGGUAUAGCUGCAACACUACAAAAGAUUGGAGAGAAAAAAGCUGCGGAUUCCCUGCUUUCUCAAAAGUUCGACACCGUCGUGACGGAACAGGAAGUUGAAGAGGAAAGCCCCCGUGCAGGAAGCAAUCUACGCAAUCUCUGGGGCAAGGUCAAAGGCUUGAAGAAGAGCAGUGGCCGGAGGCAGAGCAAUGACCGGAAUAGUGGCCAUGGCCAGAAUCAGGGCAGCAACCGGAACAAUGGCCGUGAUUGGGCCCAUGUCAAUGAUUCCGGCGGCCAGAGUGACAGCAACCAUGACUGGGACGCUAUCAAGGAAAAUCCUGACCCCUCGAAGGACGAUACGCCCAAAGAUUCUUCCGACGACUGA